AUGGCAGCCAGAAGGAAGACAACAAAGCUUCAAGCAGAAGAGCAAGUGUCUCUAAAGGCUUCUAUUGAGCCUUCAGAGAUAGUCUUUGGCGUGUGCCAUAUCUAUGCUUCCUUCAACGACACAUUUGUGCACGUUACCGAUUCUACAUGCUCUGAAACUAUUGUGCGUGUUACCGGCGGAAUGAAGGUUCGUGCUGAUCGUGAGGAGUCUAGCCCUUACGCUGCUAUGCUUGCGGCUCAAGAUGUCGCUGAACGCUGCAAAGCUUUGGGAAUAUCGGCCCUUCACGUUCGCAUAAGAGCUACUGGUGGCACCAAGGCUCGCACCCCAAGCCCAGCGGCUCAGUCAGCUCUGCGUGCACUGGCUCGAUCUGGGAUGAAGAUUGGACGGGUUGAAGAUGUCACCCCGAUCCCCACCGAUAGCACAAGAAGGAAGGGUGGUCGUCGUGGUCGUCGUCUGUAA